UAAAAUAAAUAACGGUUCGUGGCGUGGGGCGAGUCCAAAUCCCGACUCACUCCUCCUCGCUCUCUUCUCCCCCGACCUUCCUCCCCUCUCCCAUGGCGGCUGCGGCGGCGAUCGCCGCCCCACCGCGGCGCCGGAGCCUCGCCGGAGCCCUCCUCCCCUUCCUCCUCCGAUCUGGUCUCCGCUCCCUCUGGUCCUUCUCCUCCUCCUCGUCGUCCUCGUGUUUCGACGCCGAUCCGGACUCCUCCGCCGCCUCCUCCGCCGCGUCCUCUCGACAAUCGCAUCCGAAGAAGCUAAGCCACCGCCUCUCCGCCGUCAUCGACGCCGUCAACGAUCGCAAGCUCCCUCCCGAGCUCCGCGGCCGAUCCAACGCCAUCAGGUCGGAGACCGACAUAGUCAAUGUAGUGGAACAGAGAAUAUGGCACGCCAUGGAAGAAGGCCACUUUGAGAAGCUACCCGGGAAGGGGAAGCCUCUCGAUCUCAGCACGAACCCUCAUGCGGACCCUGCAGAAGACACCUUAUACAGAAUACUCUCCAGAAAUGGCUGUGCCCCCGAAUGGGUUGAACUGAACAAAGAAAUCCGUGGCAAGAUCGCGGAGUGGAGGUCGGCCUUGAAGGGAGCUUGGGCGAGGAGGUCAUACAAUGAGGGAUCCAAAUGGCGCGAGGACUCUGAAGCUCUCAAGGCGCAGAUGCGCGAAAUAAAUGACAAGGUUCUUCGUUACAAUCUCAUUGUGCCUUUUGGGCGCCAAAUGUUUGGUCUUAAAUGGGAGAAAGAGAUAGAUAAAUUGGAGUAGUGAGUUGGUACGUAUGUUUGUCUUAAGAUAAUAUGUAAUAAUAGGUCCAUAAAUAGGAGUAUAUUAUAUGCCAAUACGUGAGUUUCCUAGUGGGUGUAGAUUGUUUUUUUUAUUUUUUUACUUUUCGCCCUUUGUUUGCAAUAAUUGUUAAAUAUGUAAACCUUGUGCAUAUCUUAAAGAGUGAAAAACUCGGGAAAAUGUUAAAAUGGCUUU